GUCAAGAAGCUGGUCUCGUGCCUGUCGACAUGCAUUUUUCCUGACAAGACAACCUAUCCUAUAGAUGAGACCAUGUUGCAUAAUGGUCCUCCGCACAACUCCAACCUGGGCUACUCCAUGGCGAAGCGUAUGGUGGACACGAUGAACCACUGUUACCACGAGCAGUAUGGCGUUCAGUUCACAUCGCUCAUUCCGACCAAUGUCUACGGCCCACACGACAACUUCAACAUCGACGAUGGCCAUGUCAUCCCUGGCUUGAUCCACAA